AUGCUUGAUGACAUCGGAGUCACUUCGGUGGCACAAACCGUGAAAAAUCAUAAGUCGUCGUACGUGCAAGGCGCGGAGUGGCUGGCAAAGAAGAAAAAAUUGAGAGAUGCAUGGUUCACAUCUCAACAUAAGACGACGACGACGACGACAGAUCCACCCUCUGAUCGAUCCUCUACUAUUCUUUUCGCAGUAUUCGGAUUCCUCGCUUUGAUAACGAUCAUCGCGCUAGUGACUUGGGCUGUGAAACGAAACGUCGUGAAACAGCAAGGGAAGCGUGACCGCAAAGUCCAGGAACAUCAAGAACUACUCGAGCAGUCUAUUCGCUCGAGGUCUUUGCUGCUCGACAUAGAAAAUUAA